UUGGGUUUUUACUUAGUUUAGCUUUAUUACAACGUAACUUUUACGAUAGGAAAUGUAUUCAAUAUUAUCGAUGAGUUUUCGUAUCCUGCAGAUUAAAUUAUUAUUAAUAAUGUGUUAUUUGACAAAAAUUCAAGGCGAAGUAGACGAAGAUUUCAUCGUUGAUUAUUUUAUAAGUAAAAAUGUAUCAGACGUCACUACUUUUAACUGUGACAAUUAUACAAGAAAUAUAUUACUCAUAAAAAGUCUGAACGAAAAUCGAAUAAGAGCAGUCAUUGUGGAUUUAAACAAACCAUUAGACGUGAGAGAAUUAGUUCAAACCAAUUAUUGGAGAUUAGGAGUAGUCGUUGAUUUACGCUGUAUUGACAACGACCAAAUUACUUUACUGUUUUCAGAAGCAGCAAAUUUACAAGCUUAUGAUGAACUACAUCAUUGGCUUGUAUUAUCCCCAAAUUAUCAAACAGCCAUGGAUAUCAUAAAUGACAAAAAUUUUGGUACGUCUACUGAUUUUGCAGUAGCCAUUCCGGUGAUUGGAGGUUUUAAAAUCUUUGACCUCUAUAAUCCAUGGAAGGAGGGAGGAGGAAAGAUCAAUGUAACAAGUAUGGGAAUAUGGGAUGGAAAAACUGGUCUGAAUAUCAACUUGAUCCAGAGUAAAUUAUGGAGACGAUCUAAUUUUAAUGGUAUUCCUAUGAAAGUUUCAUUUCUUGGAAGUAAAUAUAGAAAGAAAACGAAUAUGAGCUUAGAAGUUUAUCUUCAAGAUUACAACGGUUUAUCGAAGGAUGGAUUGUCUAAAUUUGGGUUUAGCAUUUUAAAUUGUCUCGGCGAUAUGCUUAACAUUAGUUUUCAGUUUUCCGAAGUACAGACAUGGCGAAAAGGUGAUGUUAUCGGUCCCUUAUCGCGAUCUUUGUCAUACAACCAAAUUCAAUUAACUGGUAGUCCCGUAAUGAUGACAACCGAGAGAAUCGGAAAGAUAAAAUUUGUAUAUCCAUCAUGGCCAUUCAGAACAUGCUUCAUUUUUCGGAAUCCACAACCGCGAGACAUCAAGAUCCAGGAACUUCUGAGGCCUUUUGCCAUGGAAACUUGGUAUUUAACACUGAUACUCCUGUUAUCAUCGAUGACAAUUUUGGCUUUCUCAUUUUUAUAUGAAACUAGAAAGACGUCGGAUGCCUUAUGCUCUAAUUCUUUUAUUGUUGUUAUAGGAACUUUUUGUCAACAAGGUACCAAUAUAAACAUGGAUAAACAUGCGACAAGAAUCGUUUACAUUCACUUACUUUUCUUUUGCUUCAUAACAUACAAUUAUUAUUCAGCGAGUAUUGUUUCAGCUCGUUUGAACGAACCAAUCAUAAAAAUGAAUGAUUCUCUCAAUGAGUUAUCUAAAACUAAUCUUCAAAUGGCUACGGAGCCGAUGAUCUAUUUUGACUUUCUUCUAAAAAGGCUACCCCCUUGGGAGCAGCAAUUUUUUUACAAGCAGCGUUGGUUGUCCGUACCUGAGGAUAAGAAAUUCAUGUAUCCAGAAGAAGCGAUGCCUUUGGUGAAAAAAGGCGAACUCGCUUAUCACACUCAUCCGGACGUUGGCUACCCAGUCAUAGAUAGAACUUUUAAUUUUCGGGAAAUAUGCGAACUUAUGGAGAUUAAAUUAUUAUUAACAAUGUGCUAUGUGACAAAAAUUCAAGGCGACGUAGACGAGGAAUUCAUCGUUGAUUAUUUUAUGAGUAAAAACGUGUCAGACGUCACUAGUUUUAAUUGUGACAAUACUACAAAUAAUAUAUUACUUAUGAAAAGUCUCAACGAAAAACGAAUACGAGCAGUCAUUGUGAAUUUGAACAAACCAUUAGACGUGAAAGAAUUAGUUCAAACCAAUUAUUGGAGAUUAGGAAUAGUCGUUGAUUUACGCUGUAUUGACAACGACCAAAUUACUUUACUGUUUUCAGAAGCAGCAAAUUUACAAGCUUAUGACGAACUACAUCAUUGGCUUGUAAUUUCCCCGAAUUAUGAAACAGCCAUGGAUUUCGUAAAUGAUGAAAGUUUCGGUACGUCUACUGAUUUUGUAGUGGCUAUUCCAAUGAUUGGAGGUUUUAAUCUCUUUGACCUUUAUAAUCCAUGGAAGGAGGGAGGAGGAAAGAUCAAUGUAACAAAUAUGGGAUUAUGGGAUGAAAUAACUGGUCUGAAUAUCAACUUGAUCCAGAGCAAAUUAUGGAGACGAGCUAAUUUUAAUGGUAUUCCUAUGAAAGUUUCAUUUUUUGGAGUAAGUUCAUAA